UGAGACAAAAACAUGCGCACUGCGAUAACAUUCCUUACAAAUGACGUAGCGCUCUAUAUUUGAAAUGAGUUUGUCUGGUUCUGAAAAUGUUUUUGUUUCAAAAAUAAAAUAAUUAUACAAAAAAUAUUCAUAACGUAAAUUAAUAAUGACCUUGAUAUCUUAAAUUGGCUUUUUUGGCUGCAUGGCAGCAUAUAAUAGAACAAAGAGGUGGUCAAAUUAGGUACUUACCUGCCUGCCUGUACGAGUAUUUUCUCAUGAAGUACUUAGAUCUUCCGGUACUUUCCAUCUCUACUUUUUCUCUGCCUUCGUUUUCUGUCGGCUCUCGGUCCCGUUUCUCACAGGCCGGAGAUUCAAGAUGCUCUCCAGACUGGCGCCGAGAGUGGCCACCAGCCGGCCGGUGGUUCUGGCGCUCCGCUCCAGCUCUACCACCGCCCCGAAGCCGGCGGCGGCGGCGGCGGUCGCCAAGGAGGAUGGAGAGCGCGAUCUGGUCAACUUCCCGCGGCGCGUCCGGCCCGAGCUGCCCGACAAGGUGCGCCUCGGCAUCUUCCCCGAGGAGUGGUUCCAGGCCUUCUACAAGAAGACCGGCGUCACAGGUCCCUACAUGUUCGGCACUGGCCUGCUGACCUUCCUGUUCAGCAAGGAGAUCUAUGUGAUGGAGCACGAGUUUUACACGGCCAUCACGCUGUUCCUGUUCGGCACCAUGCUCUACAAGAAGGUCGGCCCCUCACUCUCCGAGUACCUCGACAAGAGGAUCGACGAGUACGAGGCCGGCUGGGCCGAGUACCGCGGUAACCAGACGGACGGCCUCGUGGCCGCCAUCGAGGAGGAGAAGAAGCAGCAGUGGCACGCCGAGGGCCAGCAGGUGCUCUUCGACGCCAAGAAGGAGAACGUGGCCCUCCAGCUGGAGGCCACCUUCCGAGAGCGGCAGAUGACCGUCUUCAACGAGGUGAAGCGGCGCCUGGACUACCAGGUGGACACGCAGAACGUGGCGCAGGGCUUCCAGCAGAAGCACCUCGUCAACUGGGUGGUGGACCAGGUGCAGAAGUCCAUCACCCCGCAGCAAGAGAAGGACGCCAUCAAACAGUGUCUGGCAGAGCUCAAAGGCCUGGCCAAGGCGUGAGCGGACCGAGUGUGAAUAUGUGCAGGAACAGUGACAAAGGGAGCGAGAGGUGCAGAUCGAUCGCCAAUAUAUGGGACAUGUGACCGGGAGCGGCCGCGUUUGGUGGUCCGGUGAGGACACCGUUUCCCUCAGCUCUGAUCAUGAAUUUAGAUGAAAAUGUACAUUCACCGAUAA